AUGUCCUUCCUCCUAUCCCCCCUCCGCCGGAGCGCCGCCGCCGCCGCCGCCACCCCCUCCUCCGUGGCCCGUGCCUUCAGCAGCACACGGCCCUCGCAGCUCUCGCGCAUGACCAUCGUGGGCCGCCUCGGCGCCGACCCGGAGACGCACGAGUCGUCCUCGGGCCGCCAGUACGUGCGCUACGUGAUCGGCACCGACUCGGGCGCGCGCGACAACCGCACCACGUCGUGGUUCAGGGUCACGAGCUUCGCCGAGGGCGCUAGUAGGGAGUAUAUCCAGGGGUUGAAGAAAGGGACGCUGGUGUACUUCGAGGGCGAUGCGAGCAUGAAUACCUACGAGGAUAAGAAUGGGCAGACGCAGAGCGCGCUGAACUUGGUGCAGACCAAGGUUGAGGUGUUGAAGCGGGCGCAGCCAAAGGAGGAGGAGCAGUAG